GGCGAGCCGAGACGCUGUGGCUGCUGGCAUUUCAUCCCGUCGCCUCCACGCUUGACCAGAGUCGCCGCGGCUCUGCUACCAUCCAGUCAACCGCACUUUUGGUGGAACAGGCUUUUCAGUAGAUGAAAAAUGGUUUACGUGCAUAGGCUGGGAUAUUUGGGCUCGAGAGUGUCGCUGCAAGCAGCAUGUCACUCUCAGAGUCGGUUGACCGCUCCUAUCCUACUAUAUCGUACAAGACCACUUCAGUCGCUGCGGCCCAGUGGACUGUCCCAUAAUGCGCGGAGUUACUGGUGGUCCUCCUCCCCAAAAGCUCCUCAAGAGCCGGUUGUUGAUAAGCAACUGACUGCCGAGGAGUUUGCUCCGGAGCAGCCUUGGGCACUGGAACAGUCGCCGGUUGACCCUGUAGAAGGCAUAACCGCUGCAGUAAAUGCUCCGGUAACGGGCAGCGAGCUGGCGAGUGUGCCGACAGACAUUCCGGUAGACAUCUCUGCUCUCGUAUCAACUCCACCCCCACCCAUGCAGUAUGGCGACCUCGCAUCACUCGGACUGGUCGGCUGGAUGCCUGCAGGGUUUUGUCGGUGGGGUAUGGAGGCGCUUCAUGUGUCAACGGGCAUGCCGUGGUUCUGGACGAUCGUGGGCGCGACACUCAUCACGCGGGUGGUUCUCUUCCCUCUCACUGUGAAAUCCAUGCGCUCGACCGCCGCCCUGGCACCCCACCAGGAAGAGAUCAGCAGGCUGCGGCAGAAGAUGCAGCUCGCGCAGGAGAGCAAGGACAUGAUUCUCUUACAGCAGGUUGCUCUGAAGCAGCAAAGCAUCUACGAGAAGGCGGGCGUCAGCAUGGCCUCGAUGGCUCUGCUCCCUCUGGUCCAGCUCCCGAUCACGCUCGGCAUGUUUUUCGGCGUGAAGGCGCUGUGCGACCUGCCCGUCGAGCAGCUGAAGUACAGCGGACUAUCCUAUCUGCCCGACCUGACGGUCGCGGACCCUACUGGUGUUUUGCCCAUCGCCGCCGCUGUGCUGGUCAACCUCCAGCUCACUUUGGGCGCCCGUGAGAUGAUAGCAUCCCCUCAAACCGCUCAUUUGGUCAACCUCUUCCGCGUCAUGUCUCUCGUCAGUAUACCGCUUUGUUGGAACCUUCCCACAGGCACCAUGGUAUACAUCAUCACGAGCAUCAUUGGACUCAUGGGACAAAGCCUCGUCUUGCGGCCCACGGCCAUCAAAAGAUUACUCAAGAUCCCCAUCGUGAAGGACCAGCAGCAGGCUAAGCCCGCAACUAUAAUGGAAUCCAUCGCUUUUUUGAAGAAGUGGUGGCAGGACAAAAAGCGGGAGCAGGAGGCUGCCAUUAGGAGAAGGCGAUAAUCAAACGUCGUGUAGACUUACUGUAUACUUGGGCUAAUUGAUUGCUUCCAACUCUGCUCAGGGAAGCAGUGUGGUCUAUCGCCUAUCCAGUC